AUGUGUUACGAAUCUGUUGCGAUCGGUGCGCGAAUCGCACCGAGUUACUUUGACGAUGUCUUCGACCAUAGCGGGGCUAUGGAUGGAAAGACGGACGUGGAGGUUCAUAGAAUCCACGUCCGGAAGGUUCUUACUAUAUUGCGAGAGCAUACGUUGUUCGCGAACCUCAAGAAGUGUAUAUUCGCAGCUAACGAGAUACCACUUCUUGGCUGCAUCACAGGUAAAAACGGUGUACGCCCUGAUCCGAAAAUAUUCAAGGCGAUUGGAGACUGGCCUGUGCCAGUCGAAGUCAAGGGACUUCGAAAGUUCCUUGGCUUGGCGGCGUACUUGCACAAAUACUCGCGCAACUAUGCCGAGAUGACUGUACAUCUUUCUCGUCUGCUAAAGAAAGGCAAGAGGUGGUCAUGGAUGCUGAGUGCAGCACUCUUUUAA